AUAACGGUAACAUUACGUAAUAGUUUAACAGUGUCAAUAAACUAAAACCCACUGAAAUAUAAUACAUUUUUGAUGCGUAUUUUCUUUUUCAAUUUUUGAUGCGUAAGUGGACUUUACGAGGAGCCCUGAAGGCCAUCACUGCCUUCCGCGGGAAAAUUCAGUCCUGCAUAUCUGACGUUUACCUUGUUUGGAUUAUGUACAUAUGAAGGAAACCGCCGCUUUACAUCUCAAAAAUCGUUAAUUUUUUAACGUCUGUGGAUAUUGCUGGUGUAGCCGAUAUUGCAAAAUGUCAAAGAAGAAAGGACUGAGUUUGGAGGAGAAGAGAACUCGCAUGAUGGAGAUUUUCUUUGAAUCUAAAGAUGUGUUUCAGCUGAAAGACAUUGAGAAGAUCGCCCCCAAGCAAAAGGGCAUAGCUCCCAUGACUGUAAAGGAAGUGCUGCAGAGCCUGGUGGAUGACAACAUGGUGGACUGUGAAAGAGUGGGUACAUCCAACUACUACUGGGCCUUCCCCAGCAAGGCCCUGAACGCUCGCAACCACAAACUGGAGGAGCUGAAAAAACAAAUUUCUGAGGCAAAACAGCGGAAAGCGUCUCUACAGAAAGCGGUUGAACAGGCAAAAGUAGGACGUCAAGAUACAAAGGAGAGAAGCUCCCUGCUGCAGGAGCUGCAGGCUCUGAGAGAGGAGCGAACUUGGCUGCAGGCCGAGUUGGAGAAGUACAGAGAAUGUGACCCAGAAGUCGUUGAAGAGAUGAGAAAGUCAAAUGUUGUUGCAAAAGAAGCUGUUUCCAGGUGGACAGAUAAUAUUUUUGCCAUCAAGUCAUGGACAAAGAAGAAGUUUGCCUUCGACGACAGCCGCAUUAAUAAAGCCUUUGGGAUCCCGGAGGACUUUGACUACAUGGACUGAUUGUCAGUCUGUUAUAGCCUGUGAACACAAUAAGGGAAAAAAUAAGAGCUUAAGAGUUUGAAGCCUCCAUACCUGGUCUCUACAUUUCUAGUUUCUGUUCUGCACAGAUGUUAAAAUGCACACAGAUUUGUAUCAAAGACCUGUGGCGGGCUGUAAAUAAGGACAGAUAUUAGUGAUUUUGCUGCAACAGAUGGACUUUAUCAGCAGAUAUGUUGCUUUGGUGCAACCAGAGAAGAGACUGAACCGUCCAUUAGUGGCUGUGAGGGGUGAGAGGGGUUCUGCAAUAAACACAACUUAGCAAGCCAGACUUUUUGGGACACCUGUUUGCAUGAAAACUGAGAACUCCAAGUUGAUGAUGGAAAGGAAUCAACACUGAACACAUCUGUCGCCAGUGAUCUAAUUUAUAUGGUUUAAACAGAUGGUUUGGAAUCAAAUGCCUGUACUCUUUUUCCUCUACAUUGUCCCUUUCGUUGUAUUCUUGUUUGGAGAGAAAAGGAAAAAGUCUAAAGACAGGAGAAUUAAAUUACAGAGGAUGUGUUUAGGAUUUAUUUUGUCUACAAGAGCUGUAAAUAUUUAAAGUACAUUUACUUUUUUGCAGAAUCUGUUUUUCUUGUGUUGCAAAUAAAGUGUCCCUGGGUUUUACAAGCCA